GAUUAAAAAGGAAAUGAGGAACAAAAUGAGGAACCAAAACAACUUAGAACAUAAGAAUACACUGGAACAAAUGGACGCUCGCCAAAAACAGGACGGAGCUUUGGUCCACCCCAUACAGUGACAACAUCCAGACUGGAAUUCCCCUGAAGAAGAAACGGUUUAAGCGUGAUGAUGGCCAGGCCAGAGUCACCUGGCUGUAAGUCAAAGAUGAGUGACAGCUCUAUGAGCCGCCCUAUUGAGUUUAAAAGGGACCCUGACAAUGAAAGUCUGAUGUCUGGGAUGAUGUCAUCUACACAUAGCUAUAUACGUGUGGCUAAUAACCCACCACCAGAAGACCCUCAAGAACACAUGCUGAGCCCUCGCUACGCUGAGGCUGGAGAUGUGGCCUGUGAUCUGUGUGAAGGAAGGAAAUUACGAGCGUACAAGUCCUGUAUGACCUGCCUCGCCUCCUUUUGCAAGACUCACGUCAGAGAUCACUACAAAAUAGAGGCACUGCAGAGACACGUACUGGUGGAGGUCACCAAAAAUCUCAGUAUACUUCAGGAGAACGCUCAGCUGAAGAAGAUGAUCACGGAGGAACGAAGGGAGAAAACGGCUCUGAAGAAUGAUAACCAGGCCCUGAGGAAAGAGGUCGCUAUGCUGAGGCAGACGAUCUGUGAACUGAGGCUUCCUGACUUCAUCUGCAAAGGGAAGACACCUGCAGGAGUGGCUUCAACGAUGAAGGACUUUAAGGUGUCAGUACGGUAUACAGAUGCUGCGAAGAGGUGUGGCCUACAAGGACAUUACCUGUUACAGACCGACUUUGACAGCCUCCUUCUGAAAGAGCCAAAGACAGGAGAAGUGCUCUAUAGCUGGCCAUAUCGCUUCCUCAGGAGGUACGGGCGGGACAAGACAGUGUUUUCUUUUGAGGCUGGGAGAAGGUGCGACUCUGGGCAGGGAGUCUUUGAGUUUGACACUAACCAAGGCAACACCAUCUUCCAGAAUGUGGAGUCUGCCAUCAACAAAGUAGUGAAGACACAAGGACAGCGGAGACAGCCAAGAGAGCACAAACACAUGUAUGACAGCAUAGAUGAAUCUGCCAUCACAUCCACAUUCUCACAUCACCCCCAAAGACAUCCAGCUGCACACCAUGAAGAUUGUGCCAUUACACCUAGUGCACCCACAUCACACUACAGUGAUCCAGAGGAGGUCAAAGGUACUGCUUGGCAGGUAGUGGGCACUUUGAAUGACCCAAGUGGGCAUGACUACCCGUAUAGUGCAUACACAGAUGACUAUGUGAUUGCUGAAUCUCCCAUUAGGACCAUGAACCUCGUACAGGAGCGCGGGAACGAUGAAGAUGAGGACUAUUCAACGUUCAAUAAUGUGAUAGUGAAGAUGAAAACGAAUACUAUAAUCGAAUAGCCCCAUUUAGGAGUCUUUCAUCUAUACAGGUUAAGCACCACCUGACUUGGACUUGACCCGUAGACUUUGGUGCACAUCCUUGCAAACACUUUAUGAUCAUGUGAGGUAACCAAGUGACUAAUUGUGAAUUCUACUUUACUGCUGGUUGACUGGUGGUGUUUUCCACUGAAGAGACUGUACUAAAACCCCAUGCUUUUCACCAGCACUGU